AUGGCCGGCUGCUGCUGCUUGUCCGCCGAGCAGAAGGAAUCACAGCGCAUCAGCGCUGAGAUCGAGCGGCAACUUCGCCGGGACAAGAAGGACGCGCGCCGAGAGCUUAAGUUGCUGCUGCUGGGAACUGGGGAAAGUGGCAAAAGCACCUUUAUCAAGCAAAUGAGAAUUAUCCAUGGGUGUGGAUACAGCGAUGAAGACCGAAAGGGAUUCACAAAGUUGGUUUACCAAAACAUAUUCACUGCCAUGCAAGCCAUGAUCAGAGCCAUGGACACUCUGAGGAUACAGUAUGUGUGUGAGCAGAAUGAGGAAAAUGCCCAGCUAAUCAGAGAAGUGGAAGUAGACAAGGUCACCACGCUCUCCAGGGACCAGGUGGAGGCCAUCAAGCAGCUGUGGAAUGACCCAGGAAUCCAGGACUGUUACGACAGGAGGCGGGAAUAUCAGCUGUCAGACUCUGCCAAAUAUUACCUCACCGACAUUGACCGAAUUGCCACGCCAUCAUUCGUGCCAACCCAGCAAGACGUGCUUCGUGUCCGUGUGCCCACGACUGGCAUCAUCGAGUACCCAUUUGACUUAGAAAACAUCAUCUUUCGGAUGGUGGAUGUUGGUGGCCAGCGAUCUGAAAGACGGAAAUGGAUACACUGCUUUGAGAGUGUUACCUCCAUUAUUUUCUUGGUUGCUCUGAGUGAAUAUGACCAGGUUCUGGCUGAAUGUGACAAUGAGAAUCGGAUGGAAGAGAGCAAAGCCUUAUUUAAAACCAUUAUCACCUAUCCAUGGUUUCUGAACUCCUCUGUGAUUCUGUUCCUAAACAAGAAGGAUCUUCUGGAAGAGAAAAUCAUGUACUCUCAUCUAAUCAGCUAUUUUCCAGAAUAUACAGGACCAAAACAGGAUGUCAAAGCUGCCAGAGACUUUAUCUUGAAGCUUUAUCAAGAUCAGAAUCCUAACAAAGAGAAAAUCAUCUAUUCACAUUUCACGUGUGCUACAGACACGGAGAAUAUCCGCUUUGUGUUUGCUGCUGUGAAAGACACAAUUCUACAGCUAAACCUGAGGGAAUUCAACCUAGUUUAAAAAGCUGCUUACCCAAUCCUUGCUCAACAAGAGGAGCUUGCAAAUCCUGUCUUCUAAUUUCCAAGUGCUUGUGAUAUCACCCAAGUCCAUCAUGCAGGCAGGCUAUAUAGGACAGAGAGCGGUGAUUAGUUUAUAAGAUUUUUUUUAUAAUUUUACAAAGGCACUGUGAUUUUUAAUUACAUUUGUGUUUAAAAAAUGAUACAACUAACGGGCAUAUUUAUAUAGAUAAUGUCUUUCAAGUUUUAUUAUUAAAUCUUGUCAAGUUAUUUUUUCAGUUUAUGAUAAAGCAUCUCUUUAAAAAAAAACUGGUAGCACAUUAAACUAUUGGCUAACUUUCUAAGUCAAAUUAAUAACUAUAAUAACUCACUUCUGCCACCCCUUGAUCAUUGUAUAUGACCCAGUCCUGUAAACUCAAGAAAUGGCUAACAGCUCACAUUAUAUUUGUUUGAACCAUGUAUGGUAUGCCUAAGAAUAUACCAUUCUGCCAUUG